AUGAAAUUUUUGCGAAGGCCAUGGGUUACGGCCCUCCUGCUAUUAAAUUUGCUGGUAAUGGGAUUGCUGCUUUACUUUGGGUGGGCAGAGUCCAAGUUUCCUGGCGAAAGUGCAGGGAAAUCCGGUGUUGCUCCGAGAGCACCGAAAUAUAUGAUGUGUGUUGGAGAAAGGCUUCUGGUGGACGCAAAGACGGGGAAACUGGGGGACGUUAGUGGGGACAAUGUUAUCCCGUUAAUGGUGGUCCCGCUUAUGCUUGAUCUGGAAGAAUUCAAAAAGCUGAUGUGCAAUAUCAGUGUGCCAAUCCGGCGGUUGCUCUUGGUGCAGAACGGCAGGGAGGCGAGGCUGCAGUUAUACCUGCAAGAGCUUGAGAAGAUGUAUGGGUGGACUGGGCGCUUAAUU